UCUCUUCUCCUUUCUUCAUCUUCUUCUCAUUUUCUCAAAGUCUCCAACAACAACAUCAUCAUCAUCAUCUUCUUAUUCUUCUUCUUCUUCUUCUUCUUCAUGGCUUCAUUUCUUCCAACAUCCCUAAACUCGCCAUCACCCCCAACCCUAACCACAUCGCACCGCCGCCGCAACCACACUACGCCGUCGCCGCAACCACACUGCGCCGCCGCCGAUCUUAGCCCAUAUCGCGCCUCCAUCUCCAACCACCAACAAACCUCAAAACACCGACCUAGAAAGCAGGGGGCUUGGCUGAGUUUGAAGAGAAAGAGGGGGAUUUGGCUGGAUUUGAAGAGAAAGAGAGAGAUUUGACUUCAGAUCUGGAUAAUGGUGGAGGAACUGCAGAGUUUGGUUUCAGAUAUGAAGAAUGACGGAGGGAGACUACCUUCUUCUUCUUCUUCUUUUGGGUUUUUUUUGCUUCUUUGAUCUGAGGAGGUUUGGGGGUGGUAGCUCUAUAUGGUUAUACAUGCGUUGGGAUUUUUGGGUUGGGGUUUUUGGGUUUCUGAGCUUGAUUUGUUUCAGUUUGUGUUUCUAGGUUUCGAUUUGUGUUUUGGCUUCUGAUUUGUGUUUUGGGUUUUGUGGGUGGUGGUUCUGGACGUUGAAGAUGUUGCAGUGGUGGUUCAGUUUUGGAGGCUGGGUAUUUUUUCCUGGGUUUUGGGGUUGGAGUUCAGCUCAAAUGAAGAAGAUGAUGAUUUAUGAAUUUGUUUCUUUAAGCUGUUUUAAUGAUUUUCUUUAAAUUUUAAUCUUAAAAAGAAGAUAUUGAAGAUGAUUUAUUUUAAAAUUCAUGAUGAAGUUGUUAUUUUAGAAAUAGAUGAUGAUGUUUUCUUUUAGAAAUAGAUGAUGAAGAUGUUGAACAUGAUGAUGUUGUUGAUGAUGAUAAAUUUCUAUAACAGAAAAGAAAGUAAUAAUUUAGGGAUUAAUUUUAGGUAAGGUUAUUUUUUAAUUUAAUUUAAAAAAAAAAAUUCCACCUAAGACUCAUUAAGUGACGUGGAAUGCCACAUAAGGGGAUCGCCGGAGCUAUGGUGGCCGGAGGGACGAGUCCAUUUUGUUUUUGAAAGUUUGAGGAUGGUUUUCAGAUAAUUUUCCGGCGAGGGACGAUUUUCAAAUCUCGCUUAAAGUGCAGGGAUGGUUAUAGUUUUUAAAGUGCAGGGACGAUUUUUAAAUCUCGCUUAUAGUUUUUAACUUCUUUUUUUUUUUUUUGAACUUCAUUAUCUUAAUUCAUUUGAGUGACUCCUAAUGAUUCACUUGAGUGAAUCUAAGCAUGUAAAUGAGGUUGGUAAAAAGCACAUCCUCCACAUUGUACGCUCUCAAAGUGUCCAGGUACCUGUUCCUGUUUUGAGUUUCAUGUUUGAAGUAACACUCUCAUUACUCAUUAUUACUUCCCUAAAUUCCUUUUCUUCAUGGAUUUCCUGGAUAAGCUGAAAUUGCGGAAGAAGAAGAAGGAAGAGAAAGAAGCUGAAGCCCCUCCUGUUUCAUGGUUCGAAACCUCUGUCUCUGUUUCUCGCCGCGUCCAGUUUGAACCCAAUGGCCAUCUCUCAGUAGAGCUUGUUGGUGAUACUAGACCAUUUUACCACAGGGUAUUUGAGUCUUUCCUGAAUAAAUUUUUCCCCUCAGGAUAUCCAUACAGUGUCAAUGAAGGGUACUUCAGGUUCACACAGUUUCGAGCACUGCAGCACAUUGCCAGUUCAGCACUAUCGGUGCUAUCAACCCAGUCACUGCUAUUUGCUGCAGGCUUGCGGCCCACUCCUGCACAAGCAACUGCUGUUAGUUGGAUUCUAAAGGAUGGUAUGGAACAUUUAGGGAACCUAAUAUGUAGUAAUUUGGGUGCAAGAAUGGAUUCAGAGCCCAAACAUUGGAGAGUUCUAGCUGAUGUGCUCUAUGAUUUAGGCACUGGCUUGGAAGUGCUUUCUCCCUUAUGUCCAUAUCUUUUUUUUGAGAUGGCAGGCCUAGGCAAUUUUGCGAAGGGGAUGGCAGUUGUUGCAGCAAAAGCUACAAGGUUACCUAUAUAUUCUUCAUUUGCUAAAGAAGGAAAUCUCAGUGAUCUAUAUGCUAAAGGGCAUGCUAUUUCAACUGUGUUUAAUGUUAUUGGAAUUGGAGUUGGGAUUCAAUUAGCAUCUACUAUAUGUGCGUCAAUGCAGGGAAAGUUGGUUGUAGGGCCUCUACUUUCAAUGAUACAUGUAUACAGCGUUUCUGAACAAAUGAGAGCAACUCCUGUGAACACCUUAAAUCCACAAAGAACUGCAAUGGUUGUUGCUGAUUUUCUCAAGGCAGGAAAUGUAUCAAGCCCUACUGAUCUAAGAUACCGCGAAGAUUUGUUAUUUCCUGGGCGGCUCAUCGAAGAUGCAGGAAAUGUAAGAGUGGGAAGGGCUUUGCACAAGGCUAUUAAGCCUUCAAGGCUUGUAGAACUACAACAAGUGUUUCCAGGGGAGAAGUUUCUUUUAAAUCGCGAAAAUAGAUGCAUUGACAUGGUGUUGGAGCAAGAUGCUACUGGUGAAGAUGCAUUGAGAGGGUGGCUAGUUUCUGCAUAUGCUGUACAAAUUGACAAGUCCUCUCAUGAACUAAGUGCCAGUGUUAUGCUACAGGCCUGUGAGAAGAUGAAUGAGGUCUUCCCUGUGUUUUUAAAAGAAUUACAGAAUAAAGGAUGGCAUACAGAUCGUUUUAUGGAUGGAACUGGAAGCCGCUUUGCACUGUAAUGUAGCACUAAAAAAAAUCCUAUGUGAUAUUGGAUAUAUUACAUCUAAUGGUUCAGAUUACUUCUUGAAGUUAACUUUAAUCUAGUAUUCUAUAUGUUAUUACAGUACUGCUACAUGGUAUUGGCAUGCUAUGCCCUUGGUUUUGGUGUAAUGUACACAUCAGUCUAUUCCUGCUAUGUAGAUUGCAUACAGAGGGGUGUUCUCAGCUAUUGUAACUGUCUCUGAUGUCUUUUUUCUCAUAUAUUGUGUAGUGCAUUGUAAUUAAACUCAGUCCAUUCAUCAACUAAACUCGACCAGGUCAUCAACUUGGUCGAGGUCUAUUGGAUCAUUGUUUCAAUUACUAGAUGGGUUGUAUUCUAUAA